CUCGGCUGCAGUGCUCGAGCACUUUAAAGCUGUUUGUAACUUUUUUUUUGCUUAUCGUGAUUCCGAAAUGGGAAAGGUGGUGUUUAUUUCGAUUAUAGUGGCUGCCUUAUCUGCGCUGCUCGGAGAGAGGGUCGUCAACUUCAGGAAAAGGACCCUCGCUUCGAAUGAGCUGGUCCAGAAUCACCUCCCCAACUGUGUCGCACUCAAAAAUUUGGAUUAUGGCUCAGAGGAUAUAACGAUUCUUCGAAACGGGCUCGCCUUUAUCAGCACUGGUCUGAAGUAUCCUGGAAUGCCUGUCUCAGAUGUGGCUGCAAAGAUCUUCACCCUCGAUAUGCAAAAUCCUCGGAUGAAACCAGUGGAGCUUCGAAUGCCAAGAAACUUUGAUCUGGAAUCAUUCAACCCUCAUGGCAUCAGUGUAUACACCGAUCCAAGUGAUGACACAAUAUACCUGUUUGUUGUCAAUCAUCCUGACCAAAAAAGCCAAGUAGAGCUGUUUAAAUUUGACGAGGACAACCUCUCCCUGGCGUAUCUGAAAACCAUCAAACAUGAACUUCUCCACAGUGUGAAUGAUAUUGUUGCAGUGGGAGUUGAAAGCUUCUAUGCAACCAACGAUCACUACUUCACUCAUGAAAUCCUUAAAUGGUUUGUGGAAGCUCUGCUGGCUCAGCCUUGGACUAAUGUUGUUUACUACAGUCCUGAGGAAGUCAAAGUGGUCUCUGAGGGAUAUUACUCUGCAAAUGGCAUCAACAUCUCACCAGACAAAAGGCAUAUAUAUGUGGUAGAUUUGUUUGAUCACAACGUGCAUGUGCUGGAGCGGAAAGAAGACAAUACAUUAGUCUCUGUGAAGUCUGUGGCUGUGGGUUCACUCUGUGACAACGUCGAAGUUGAGCCUGAAACCGGUGACCUGUGGCUAGGCUGUCACCCUAAUGGCUGGAAAUUGUUCAUGUUUGACCUCAAGGACCCACCUGGAUCGGAGGUCAUCCACAUCCAGAACAUUCACUCUGAUCAGCCAGUGGUGACUCAGGUGUACGCUGACAACGGCGAUGUGAUCAUGGGCUCCUCGGUAGCGGCUACCUAUGGGGGGAAGUUGCUCAUUGGUACUGUGUUCCAUAAAGCCGUGUGCUGUGAUUUGAAGUAGGCAAUGAGUCUUGGACUGCUGCACCCGACGCCAACUCCAGUAGAGCUACAAAACGAAGGAGACAUGACAUUUAAGUAGAAGAGUUUAAACGAAAAGAAUCAAAAUUUCAGUUAAAGUAAAGGAAAUUGACCUCUUUGCAAGGCUCUCAAUCCGAUCGCUGUCUGAUUGAGAGCCUUGCAAAGAGGUAAAGUGAUAUUUUAACCUGUUGUACUAGGGAGGAUCUGGUAACAGACCAAGAAAAACCUCUCAGCUGGUGUAAAAGUGCCUGAAGGUCUCCCAGGAGGAGCUGGAGAAAGAUCGGUGGAUGACGUUCACCUGAUUUUGUAGCAAUGAGCCAACAGCGUAUUUCAAAAUGGUGUCCGACACAGAAACGACUGAAGUAGUUGUAAAACAGUAUUUUCAAUCAAAUGUGAACAGUUCAUAUAAUUGCUUUGCUGUGUAUCGUGAAAAGAAUAUAUUUUGACUGGUCCCCAAAAAUGCUAAAUCUAUGCAUAUGCAAUGUGUGUGAAUUGAUGUUUUUACAUGUGGUAAUUGCUAUUGUUAAUCACAUUUGUUUCAUGUUUUUGAAUGUAAAUAAAAUAAUAAAGAGUCAUGUUUCAA